CCCGCUAGCCAUUCAUAUAAAGCCUAUAAACCAAUUGAUUUGUAUAUCCCUGUUCUUUCCUAAGUAUGUCCCGAGUGACUGGUGUUUAGUUUGUUGUUUGAGUAAUAGUCACCCUCCCAGUUGCAACCAUGAAUCCAUUCCAAACCGUCCUCAACGGCCUUGGAGACCGAAUACCCGAGUCUCCACCAAUCCACCAGAGCCCCAACUCCAACCAGAGUGGGCAUCCACAAGAUCACGAUAAUCAUCCACAAAAUCAUCAUCCACAAACCCAUGAUCAACAAAACCACAACCAACAAAACCACAACCAACAAAAUCACCUCCAGCACCACCACCACACCCCCAAUAUUCACUCGCUUCUCUCGCCCGAUCCGGCCCAGCUCCACCAGGCCCCAGCACCACAGCAAACUGAAGAAGACCAUCGCUUCUUCAAACUCGCCAAAGAAGCCAUUGUCGCCACCGCCAAAGCUACCGCCCAGUCCGCCGGGCCCAAUAAACAAAUUCUCGAUCCCACCCUUAACGACUUGUUUAUGCGGUUGCAGUACGUGUCUUCUCCCCAUGGGAACCCCAUCAAAAAUGGGGAAAAUAUUCAGGUUAACGAGAAGGGCCAGCUAAUGAUCCAGGACUUCUACCAAAACUUCCCCAACCUCAACAAUGACAUAUUUCAAACUCCUGGAACUGGCACCAGCAACGGUCACGCCAGUGGUGCCUCCGACACCACCAGUUACUGGAAUCUGUCGCGGCAGCACCAAGGAGGGAAUCGAAACCCACUUAUUGGGGCCAACCCGUUGAUCGGAGUGCCCAGCUAUUCCCACGAGUCGACAGCGGUGCUGGCCACGGCCACGGGCGAAGAAAGGCGUUCCCAGUCACCCGAAGAACGUAAGUUCCAGUGUUCUCGAUGCACCAUGAACUUCAAGCGGUCCAGUGAUCUCAAGAGACACGAGAACCAGCACCUCACGAUUCCGCCAAACAUCUGCGAGUUUUGUGGCAAGGGCUUUGCCCGGAAGGAUGCGUUGAAGCGUCACGUGGGCACUGCUACUUGUAAAAGAAAUGCUGACAAGAAAUUGUACAUGGACAAUUUGCUAUUGCGAGACGAGUUUGGCGGACAGGAGUAAAUACGAUUGGAGUGGAUGUGGGGGUAAAUCUUGGUCAUGGAACCAUACACCUACCACUCCCCCUACACUUGUGUCACCUUUUAAAUACAUUUGUCGGCAGAUGUGUUGAUUUCGCAGCCAUUGCUAUAUAGCUCCAUAGACCAAAAAACACGCCGACCAGAUUCU